AUGCAACCAGGCAGACCCCCGCCCCGAGCGCCGGGGAGUUUCUCCCCGUUGCUGUCGCAGAACCCACAGUUCGGGCAGGGUCACCAACCGGCGGCCUCGACGCCUGCCGCUGCUGAGCCUCGUCCGAGUUCGAGACGGAUGGAGUCAGUCUCUUCCACAGAGGAUUCAUCAUCCUCACAAACGCCCGCUACUACUGUGUCAGCGUCCGUAUCCGCCGCAUCUGCAUCGUACUAUCCCGGCAGCAAUACCGGUCCCAACAACCGCACGCCGUCCACCGCGAACAGUGGACAACAACAGCAACAACACCAACAAGCACAACCGCAUAUUACGAGCAGCAUCAGCAACGUCCACAACCAGACGCCAAUCUACGCCAGCUUCACCUCGCAGGCCAAUUCCAGCACCAACAGCCUCCACAACUUCUCCCGACCGUCCACGGCGAACCUGUCGCCGGCAGCGGCUGCAGCUGCAAGGUCCGUCGCCGCCGCUUCGUCAUCGAGCUACAACAAUGAUCCUUCCCGAGGCUCCUCGCCCUUGACCCUCCCGCCUGCCGUAAAUAGCAACAACACAUUGGGCAUCAACAGCGCCACCAAGUCUGGAGGUUACUACCACUCGAGGAAACACUCCCAGACCGCACCGGGCUCCUUCGAGGCCGUGCUGCCCUCGACAUCUGCUAGCAACCUUCCCCAUAUUGCGACGAUGGCCGCGACUUCACCCCCUCCGCGGGAGCAGCUCAGUGCCAGCCACAUCGCUGCCCAGGCUGCUGUGAUGCACCACCAGAACAGAGACCAUACUGCCCAGCAAUUGCAGUUGCCGAAUCAACAGCAACAACAACAACAACAGCAGCAGCAGCAGCAGCAGCAGCAACAGCAGCGGCAACGGUCCCAGACUGUGCCCGCGCCCUCUCCCGAAGAUGCGCCCCCACCCCAACUGGGUCAUAAGAGAACAAGCGGAGGGCCAUUGAGUCCGCCGAUGCUCAGCUUGACCGAGGCUAGCGCGCCUCGGGAUACUGGCUUCAGCGGCGGCUUCCACCACACCUCGGCAGCGCAGGCGGCAGCGAGCAUAGUCUUCCCGAGGUCCGCGCCGCAACAACCAGCACCCCAGAUUCAGGUCCCUCCGCCGCCUCCACCUCCGCCGCCGCCAAUGCCAGUCAGACAAGAGAAGUCCAAGGUCAAGCUGUUCUCCCGGCCCGGAAAGAUUUACACAAAAGGCGACUCCAAGGAGAAGCCGCAGCCGAGCCCGGGCAAGAUCGGCACGGCAUUGUCGAACCUGCAACGGGGCAACUUCAGCACGACGAGUCUGGAGUCCUCCAAUGCGUCCUUUUACAGCCUUGGUAACGCAUCCGCCGCGACUAUACGGCCAAACGAGACUCCGAUCGAGGAGAAGAACAAGGAGAAGCGCCACUACUUUCUGUCACGGCCGAAACAUAAAGGCAAGGACAACGAUGAGUAUAACCUGCCGCUUUCAUCCGCAAAGAGCAACUCCCGGCCGACAGAUCCCAGCGCCCCGAGCAGUCUCUACAAUUUCAACAUCCCGGCCAGCCCAGCUUCGGGAUCGACCUCGUUCAAGAGCAUGAGUGGGUUGGAUCUCCGACAUGGUGGGCGUGCCUUCAGGGAAAAGCGCAGGGAGGACGAUGCAUCGCUUGCGCCACCGGAAUGGUCAGGUCCCGGAAGUCUGGGGAACAGCGCACAGCAGUCAAGUCUAUAUCUUCACGAGCCCGUCGACAGUGGGAAGUUGGGCUUGAACAGCAUAGCGCUCGACGACGCUUGGCCUUACCUAAAAGCCAAGCUCCUGGUUGUGUUCGAGGGCGAAGACUUGCGCCUUCCAAUCGAGGACCUGAAUAGGGUCGUCACGAUGCAUAUACAGUACACGCUUGCCAAGGGUCAACCCAGCAUCAUCAUCGACGACCUGAGGGAUCUGCUGGGCACGGGUUUCGCGUACCUUGACACGGCCUUACGACGAACGCCGGAAGAGAAGCUGAUCCCCGCGCUCGUAGAACUUUGGGUCUUUACUUUUACUACCAUACUCCCUUACAUGCAGGCGGUCUUCCUACCCCUGGACCUCGAGUUCAGUGGCGCGGGGUCACUCAUGACGGCAGAGCGCGCCCGCGACUUCUGGGGAGGCGUAAGGGCACGGUCAGGCUCGCAGUCGCAGGCCGAGAUAGUCCCUAUAUCGUCGGUUCUCAACGUACGGCGCAUGGUCCUGACGAGCUUCAGGGACAGCGUCAUCCUGCCACGCUACGACACGCUCAAGGCCAUGUUCUCGCGGCUAUCUCUAGAGUUCCUCCCGCAGUCCCUUGCCAGCAUGGCCCUUGCCUCGCCCAUGCCCAUCCCCAAGCAGCAGGACUCUGGCAUGAGCGGCAACACCAUGUUCUCCGCGUCGUCGCUGCACCUCGGCACCUCACCAGACGGGUCGUACGGCGCCCGCCCCGGAACCGCCAUGUCACUUGAUCCGUCCAUGGCGAGCUACAACUCGACUGGCUCCACACUGCUGGGCGACAUGACCUCCAUGGGCAGCAGCGUUAGCCGCAGCCGCGGGCUGAGCAACGUGUCGCACGGCUCGGCCGACGGGCUGCUCCGGCCUUUUACUCCGAAUCGCACAGGUAGCAACAACAGCAACAGCAACAGCAAUAACAAUAACAACACGAUACAGGAGCAAAACGUCGAAAAUAGCAAGCAGGUCACCGAGAUGGUUGGCCGCAUGCUCCAGUGCAUGAGCGUAUUGUCGGGCAUGGACGGCGUCGGCGGCGGUGGUGCAGGAGUGGGCGCAGGCCCCGGCGGCGACGACCAAGACAGCCGCGUUGCGGAGCUGUGCCGGCUGCUCAAGCUCAACUGGCUCGGAAGGGGCCGCACGGGCAGGAACAGGCGAGGCCUCGUCGGCGGAAGGGUCAGACGCGGCCCGGGGGAUCUGUCGGCUGCCGUUGGUGGCGGCGGGGGCAUGUUUGGGACGGGUACGGUCAGGGAGGAGCUCAGCGUUCCUUAGAAGGGUGGCGCUGUCGCAUCUGAUCCCGCGGCUGACUGUCUGUCAUAUGGGGAUGUGAACCGGUUGGUUCAGUGUGUCGUAUCAUGAUGAAGAGUUGUGUAUCACUUCUUGAGUCCCGGGUUUGGUUUAUGGGAGGCAGUUUUUUUUUUUUUUUGCACCCGUUCAUCCAGGGUGGCAUAGGUGUCGGACUGGAGUUUUGAUUUAGCAUUGGACUAUCUAUGCUGGGAACCAGGUAGCGUGGCAAUUCAAAAGAUGUUUACGUAUCACCCCGCACGCAUCGACUAAUGAAAUGUGAAUGGCUGAACAAGGCGAACAUCACGGAUGAGCAUGG